AUGACUUGUAUGAGCAUUGAUCCACGAAAUCCAACAAAACCAAUGAAGUUGUGCACCCUACCAACACGAAUUUGGGAUGAAAUCAGCGUUGAUUUCUAUGGACCCAUUCCGAACGCACACGUAUAUCUUAUGGUAGUGAUUGAUGACUACAGUAGGUAUCCGUUUGUAGAAACAUUGCAAAAUAUUACAGCCGCAACAGUCACGUCGAGACUGAGGAAUAUUUUUUCUGUGUUUAGGACAGUAUCAGUUGUAAGAACCGAUAACGGACCUCCAUUCCAAGGACGCGAAUUUGCCAAUUUCGCCACAGAAAUGGGAUUUAAACACAGACGUAUAACUCCCUUACAUCCUGAAGCAAAUGGAAUCGCAAAACGUUUCAUGAAAACGCUGACAAAAACUGUUCUUGCUUCGCAUGUUCAAGGUCAAAACUUGAAAAAAAGAACUCAAUACGUUCCUAAUGAAUUAUCGUUCUGUUCUUGUACGGGUGUUCCGCCAAGUACUUUAAUGUUUGGUAGAAAUAUUCGCACCAAGUUACCAGAAUUUCGACCUGAGAAACCAGACAAAUAC